CAUUUCCGAUAUUCUUCUUCUUCUUAGGGUUCUAAUUGGCGGCACACCAAGAAGCUAGGUUGAUUUCUUCUGUUGGAAUUCAAGUGUUUCUCUUUGGUAUAUAAUAGAGUUUCUGUCCACAGCAAGUGACUCCAUCCUCUCAUUCACUAUUCUCACCAUAAGUUUCAUUUCCCCAUGUUGAGUUUCCUCUCCGAAAGAAUCCUCCAUGGGAGAAGACCCAACAAUAUCAAAGCUUUCAAAUGCCACAAUCUUCAAAACAACCCAUCACUUCCAUUCUCAACCACUUCAAAUCAACAAUCAUUUACAGUCUCUUACCUCGUGAAAACUUGUGGGUUGUCCCCAGAAUCUGCUUCAUCAGUCUCCAAACGUGUCAGCUUUGAAACCCCAAGUCAACCCGACUCUGUUAUCGCCUUCUUAAAGGACCGUGAAUUCUCGAAAACCCAAAUCGCAACCAUCAUCGGUAAGAUGCCACGUAUACUUUCAUCUAGUGUUGAGAAAACCCUUUUGCCCAAAAUCACGUUUUUUAACUCUAAAGGGAUUUCAAGCUCUGAUAUUACCAAACUCUUUGUUAAAAAUCCACAUAUUCUUAGAAUCAGCUUAGAGAAGAAAAUUGUCCCUUCUUUUAACUUCCUUAGCAAUCUGUUUCAAUCAGAUAAUGCUGCCUUUGGUACUGUAAAUCUACAUCCCCGUAUUUUUUUAUAUGAUUUUGAUUCUUACGUUUUGCCUAAUCACAAUAUUCUGAGGCAAAAUGGAGUGCCUGAAGUUAACAUAGUUAAGGGACUUCGUCGGGUCCCCAAGGCAUUCUUUGUUGCUCCACCUCUGUUUAAAGAUGAUGUUGAGAAAAUAAAGAAAAUGGGGUUCAAUCCUGCGAGGUUUACUUUUGUUAAAGCUCUAUAUGUAUUGGGUUCAAUGAGCAAAUCCACUUGGGAGAGAAAGUUUGAUGUUUAUAAGAAGUGUGGUUGGUCUGAGAAAGAGAUUUUAGAAGCUUUUAAGGUUUUUCCCUUGUUAAUGGCAUUUUCUGAGGAUAAAAUUAAAGCAGUGAUGAAUUUCCUUGUGAAUGUCAUGGGGUUCCAGGCUUUACUUAUUGUUAAACGUCCCAAUUUGCUAGGAAUGAGCAUGGAGAAGAGAAUUGUUCCAAGGGGGUUUUUCCUUAAAGAUCUUGUUUCGAGGGGUUUACUAGAAAAGAAAUUGGGGUUGAAGAUGUUUCUGAUUUCAGAAGAGUUGUUCCUUGAGAGCUUCGUGUAUUGUUAUGAAGAAAAAGCUUCUGAGCUGCUGAAACUCUAUAAUGAAAAACUGAACCUUGCUGCAGGGGGAAAGCUUAAGACAGACAAAUCAUAGAAGAUAUGUCGAAAUAUUUUCUUUAUCAGUAUUCUUUUCUUUCAUAAUUAACAUUGUUGUUUAUUGAGUAGAGAGGUUGAUCAAACUCAGAGCU